CGUCACUUGUUUAAUUUGAUUCUUUUUAAAUAGUUCAUCGUUUUUAUUACGUUUGAUUUUAAUAAUUUGCAAACGAUCUUAAAAUAAUGAGCACAGAUACAAAGGUGAAAACAUGGUCACCUGCGGUUCCUUGUAAAAUUCCAGACAAUAUUAUUUCUUCACAAUUCGCAUCCCAAAAAGUGUUUAUUCCGUCUUAUGAAAAAGAAAAACGUCCUUGUAUAGAACAAUUAUUAACGAAUGAAUACCAACGCAUAUGGUGGCAAGAAAAGGAAUUAUGGGAUAAAAGAUAUGGAACAAAGAAAACUACUAAACAAUUAUUGCAACGCAUGGUAAAAUAA